AUGAGGAAGUUUAUGCUGGAGACGAAGGCCGCCCUGGGUGUCGCACCCAAGACUGUGGACUAUGACUUCGAAGAAAAGGCUGGCAAUUUGAAAACUAUCAACCACACGCUUUCCGACUAUAAGUCUGCCGUGGAAGAGACGAGGUCAUCCUCUCAACACCUUUUGACAGCAAUGGAGAGUAUGUUGAAAGUACUGGAGACAAUGACACGCGGAAAUGACAUUCCUGAGAACGUGAGGGGGGUUGUGGGGGACUUCGCCCAGAUGGUACAGAAGGCGCGCUGCGAGUUCCUCGUGGACUUCAAGAAGAUGCUCGACGACGACGACAGCGUAACUGAGAUCAAGAGCCUAGCAGGCAAGUGCAAGAGUCUGGAGGCAAGGCGCAGCAAAGUGAUGAACGAAUACGACGCGUACCGCGAAGCUGUCACCAAGAAAGAAGCAGAGUACCGAAAGAAAGGUAAAGACUUGUGCGACUCGAAACUCUACGAGGAAGCUUCCAGGCGUGACAGCCUAAAGGCUGGCUUUCAGAAGAUUGACAAGGAGUUCAAGGAUACGUAUGCUGAGCUGGAGAAGAAGAAGCUGCACAGCUACAUGGCUGCCCUCUCCACUUACUUGGCGAGCACAUCGCAGUUGAUGGGGUCGAUCCAUAAGGAAAUGGAAUCGACCCGAAGAAAGGCAGACAUGGUCAAUAUCUAG